UGAGGCUUCUUGCCUUCUCGUCGACUGGACCUGUUCUGGGGUCUUUAGUCAUGAUAAUUGUGUGUGUUUUGUUGCAACACACUGAGUGUAAGGUGGCACACACCCUUCCGGGUGGCGUACCAAAAGAGGUCAAGGCGGCGAUGAAAGAGAUGAAGAAGGAACAAAAAGUCACUAAGCGUCUAUUGUCUGACCAUACUUGUGCACUACGUAAGAGCCUUAUGGAGCUCUUAGUAGAUGUCAAGAGUGAGGACGUUGGCCUUGCCAAAAUCAACAUAAUGGCUGAGUUGGCCCUAUGCAGCUGGUGGAGAGAUGAGCACUAUUUGGCUGAGGAGAGGUUCGGGAAAGCUAUCGAACUGACUGGUUUCAAGAAGGAAAAACAAUUUGUCAACAAUGGACUCGGUCACCUGCUCGUGGCUCACAAUGCAUCUGCCUACAUGGUCGAGGUCAGUUCUAGUACAGGAAUCCCUCCCUCCCCUGCGUAUUCUCUAUGGCAGGGUAAGUUCGAGUCGGCCGCUGUUCAUUUGAGGUCGUUGAGGCGAAUGAUGCUGAAGGACGAGGCUAAGGCCUUGAACGAAGUACUCCAUAAACCACCGAUGGAUCAGCUGAAGCCUUAUGAACGGGAGCUUGUGAAAUCUAAUCCCGGUGAUUUCCUCAUCAAUAACACAUAUGUUGGUGUUGUAUAUAGAGGAUGGGUCGUUGCUGCGAAUCAACAGUUGAGGUUCUGUGAGGCAAAUCUCGUCGGGCUUGAUGAAGGCAGAUUGGCCAAGAGGGAGAGGAUGGGUGGUGACUCGGACAAUCCGGCAUACAUGCAGGGUUUAGCUGCCGAGCCUGUGAUGCCCUGGAGGAACUUCCAGUUACCGCUCAAUCUGUAUGAACGCAGGGAGGAACUUUUGGAAGCUGCCAAGAGGGGGAAGACACCGAGGAGCCCUCAGGCGGCUGAGCUGAUGGUUCGAGGCGGCCUCAGGGGCGGCGAUUGUCCGACAUACCCUCGUCUAUGUGAUUUACUAUUGGGAUAUGAAGCCGCAGUAUUAGUCGAUGUUAGCACUUAUGUGGCUGGUUUGUUCAACGCUGUCAUUCAACUGGUCCCAAUGAACGGCUCUAAGACGACCCAGCAGGUUGGGACGUGUUCGAAUAAUGCUGGUCUCGCACUGGCCUUCCCUCUCAACGAGUCGGAGGACCCUGAGGAUCCAAUAAUGCUCACAACUGAGUCUGUCGAGUUACCCGGUAUUGCUCUCGGCAGCGAACCGGUUGUGGUGGAUCCAUGUUCGGAACCUAACCCGGCUAUAACUAGAUCGGGAGGUUCUUCAGAUAUCGUCUAUGUGCUGGUAGUGGAAUUCUGGCAUCCCGCGGUCACUCUGUUCGAGAGAGUGGCUGUCAUAGAGGGUACCCAAGCUCAGGCAAGGAAAGGUCGAGAGCGAAUCAAGGUUCAAGAGGUUACUAGUGCUAUGAUAGAGCGUUUGAAGGGAACACAAUCACUGUGGUCGGAGGGGCUUGAUCUCUAUCAGCACAGACGUCCAUUGACAUCAUUGGGCCCUGACGAGUUGGUAGAAGAUGAGGUUAUCGAAUAUCCAAGGCCCAAGAGUAAGAAAAAGCUGAAGAGAAUGCCGGAUGCCCUGGAAGAUUCGUUGGAGAUCACCAAUUUGAAGCAGCUGGUGAAAAAACUGAAAGGAGACCGAAAGGCGGCCAUGAAGAAUGCUAGUGCGAAGGAAGUCGCUGAUAUAGAUGAUGCUCUAUCCUAUGCUGAAGAGCGACUUGAUGAUGCGUUCGAGGCUCAGGAGAAGUCGAGACUGAUUGGCGAUAUCAAUAGUAAGCUGAGUAGCUCUCAAUCCGUGGUUCAAGCGUUGCAAAUGUCGGGCGACAUUAGUCGUUUGCAGGAGAUGCAACAGCAGAUCGCGGAGCUCCGAGCGGCUCUGGAGGUGGCUCAGAGAGCUGAAGCCGAGUUCAGGGAAGAAAGAAAGCAGCGCAGGAGGGAUCGUAAAACGACGAAGGGUAAACUCGAUCAGAAAGAGUCGGAGACUGAUGAUGAUGAUGAUGAAGAGAAGGAGGUCGAGUUGUAGGUCUUAACGUAUGCUAAUCAUCUGGUCACCGAACCAGGAUAGUAGCUCAGUCUCUCAUCGUGGCGUUUUCGAACUUUCCCAGCAUGUCUUCGGGCUGGCAGUUUAUAACUUCAAAGUU